AUGAAUGGUGGUGAUUUAUUAGGAGAAGAAGGAAGAGAAGCUCUUAAAGCUUGUGUAAAGGUACAGAUACGUGGACGACGAGAAACGCGUCGGUAUGAAUGGAACCAAGCGAAUGAGCGGUUGCAGUCCUGUUUUCACGGUAACAAUGCACGUACAAGAUAUUCCUCUGCAGUGUAUCCCAGCCCACCUUGGCCAACUAUUAAACCAAGAUGGGUGGAAAAAGAGAGAGUGCCAUUCUUUUGUAAACAGGACACUGUCAACAUCAUUGAUAUUCACAAUGCUCUCGUCUCCGCCGAUGAGAAACGUCUUGUUGAAGUAUAUCCAAAUGAGGGACACAGUUCUGGUGAACUAAGAUGCCUCAUUGAUCAGCGUAGAGCGGCUAUUACAAGAGAGGUCGAUGAAGCAAAGGCCAACCCAGAGGGGCGAAGGAGGUAUUCGUUUCAUGUUGCUCAGCGAAGAGUGAGAGAUUGCUAUGCUGGCCUCUUUAAAACAGAUUAUCCAAUGCUCAUGGACAAGACACGACAACCGUUUUUUUCUAAUGACGGGCCAUAUGAGAUAGAUGAAAUAUAUGAAGCAUUUUUGCUCUAUGACAGUUUGAGUUUUGCUGAUAAAUACCGUUAUCCAAAGGACAAUUGCAGUUCUUCGAGUGAGAUUGAUGCAAAUAGAGCUGGUGUUGAAAGGCAGUACAAUGAGGCUAUUUCCACAGGGGGGAUGGAUGUCGAUCUUAGUAAGUAUUCUUACAUGGAGGCAAAGAGCCGAGUGCAAGCUUGUUAUCAUUUCCCUAUUCAUGAUGAUCACUUUUAUGGUGCAUUUUUGCAUCCUGUUCAGAGGCAUGCAAGCGAACCUCAGCAGUUCACAAUACUUGAUAUUCAUCAAGUUCUGUGUCAUUUUGAUAACAUGCUGCUCCUCCGGAAGUAUCCACAGAAUGGCCCUGGAUCUGAUGAUUUGAGAAAAUCAAUUGACAUGCACAGAGCUGAUUUGGCAAAAGAGUACGAGGAAAGCAAGUUAAGGCCGCAUGUAAAACGUAAAUAUUCAAGGUAUGAGGCAGAGCGCCGAGUGAGGGAUUGCUUUACAUGGGCCUUUGUGGAGGAUACAGAUGUAUUCCCAAACAAGAAAGACGAAUCUGGGACACCAAAGAUCUACCAGACGUAUGACAUUUUUGACAUUCAAAAUGCAAUAGACCAUUUUGAUUCAAAACGGUUUUACAGGAAGUAUCCACUGGGUGAAGGACUUUCUAAAGAAAUGAAGUCAAUGCGUGAUAGGAUCACAAAGAUAGUGGAUGAAGCUAGAGCUGGCAUUGAGGAAGAGUAUGCUGAGGCCAUGGAGAUGACUGACCUUGAAUAUGGUUCUGGUUUUAUUGUUCAAGGACACUUUGUCAUAACAAACAUGCAUGUCGUUGAAGCUGCUCUCCAUGAUGAAAGCAAGAGAACCCAAAUUAUAAUUUCCAAUGAAUUCAUUGGUGAGGUGCCUUGUGAUGUCAUGCACAAUGAUGCUCAAAAGGAUCUUGCAAUCCUUUAUUGCAAGGAUCUUGAAUUGAGUGGGAUUUGUCCUUUAAAAUUGUCAGAUACAUCACUUGCUACUGGAAUGCAAAUUUUUGCAUUUGGUUAUCCUAUGAGUCACAGAGGAAAGACAGCACUUUGUGUUACUGGAUGUGUUGCAGGAACCAAGAAAACAUUUUCGGGUCUGACAAUGACAGUGUUAAAUUGCCCUCUUAACUGUGGCAAUUCUGGUGGUCCAGUUCUUUGCUGGGUCAAGGGAGAAUUCAAAGUGGUUGGUGUUGCAACACAGAAACACAUCAAAGGCAUUCUAACAUUAGAUGAAAGACUCACUAUCGCAAAAAUAGAGGAAACCUUCCAGACCAGCAUUAUUCCACACACAACAGAA